CAUAUGUGUGUGUUUUAUAUGUGACGUGUUGGUAAGUGCUGUAUAUUGAUGUGAGGGGGGUGUGUGCACUCUGCUGGCACUUGAGUGGUGGGUACGUCACUGUGGGUGUGGGCGCGGUGGUUACAAGUAAUUCCACGCACCUGUAGUCUGUUGGUUUGUUAACGAGGAAGGGUGAGUCGGGAGUGACACUUUCUGUUGACCGCUACGCUUAACACCACAUUAGUUUUGCCGUUUCUGUACUUUGUCUUGUAUUAUAUGAAGCAUCUGUUCAAGUUGCGCAUCGUUAGAAAUAAAGAGCAUUAACGAGCAUUAGAAGUGGAUGUGUGUUUCUGUGAGUGCGCGUCACAGGUAAACUCCCGUGCUUAGCCUUCCGCGGCGUGUCGGUUUUGGUUUGGAUAAAUCGUCAGUCAGCCGCAACAUUAGUCAACAGAAAAGUUAUCGAAGUGUUGAUACGUGGAAGAUGUUUCGUUUAUGGACUCCUGGAGCGCUCGCUGUUACGCGGGUGAGUAACAGUUCAUUCAUCGCUGGUCUCCUCUGAUUCAUUUACGCCCUGCCUACUACUACGUUCAUUCAUCAUCACCGCUGGAAUUAAGGUACUGCUACACACACUCAACAGGUUCCUUUGGUGAAUCAAACUAUUCCCCUGGUAGGCAUAAGCGAUAUAGCCACGUAAGGUGGUUGUAUUGUUUUUUGUUUUUCAGCCGUUUGUUAUUUUCGUGUCAUCGGCGGGUGGAGCAAAUUGUCUCGGGAGUACCGCCGUGGUUCUCGUUUUAAGACAGCUUGUCUGAUUCGGGACCAUCGGUAUACAGGUACAUAAAUACCCACCGCUUGAGCCACAGAAGACUAGGGUGAGUUGGUUAGUCUAGUUUUCUGUAGGCAGUUUAGAGGGGAAUAUUUGGUCUACCUGUUAAUUGAGUGUUUUUUGUGAAGCUUGUUGUAGUAUAUGCAUCUUAUUCUUAAAGGUCAACUGACUAUAGUUAUGAACGUAUUUUGCAUGGUUUUUGAUAAUUUGUGAAUGAAAAUGGAGUCAGGCAGAUCAAAUCCCUCUUCUGAUGUGGGUCAAAAAAAGGAGGAUAAGAGACAAAGUAAACUCACUGCCAAAGCAUUUGCGAAUAAAAUUGAAAGUCUUCAAAAGGAGCGAAAAGUAAAAGUAAAUCAAAUUAAAGGUGUUUCAAAGGAAAUUAAAGGUCUAAUGCAAAAUAAAGAUAAUGCUACAAACAUUCAGUCUCAGCUUGAAAAUUUGCAUGUGCUGUUUGAUGAUGCAGGUAAGCUCCAUGAUUCUGUAAUUCCAUUGCUUCCUCAGGAAGAACAAGAAAAACAAAAUGUGUGGUUUUCCAGCGUGCAUGGACACCAUCAUAGGUUUGUGGAUGAGGUGAAGGAAUGGCUUUCUGAUGCCCAAAUCCUAACCCUGAGGAAUACAGAUAUUUCUACACUCCCUCAGUCACUGCUGCCUGGUGUUGAGUUGCAAGAUGCACAAAAUAAUGAAGAGUUGUUUGUUUCCAAUCAUGUUGAGGAUGAUAUUAGGCCUAGUGACAGCAUCUCUAAUGUUGCAAGCAGAGAAUCGAACAAAAGAAGUUCAGUCGGAAGAUCCAGUGUUUCGUCUACUUCAUCUGCAUGUAUUAAGGCUGAGGCAGAUAUGGCUGCACUUAUGGCUCGCCAAAGGUUGUUAAAGGAUAAGCAUGUUUUGGAAGAGCAAGAGGAGCAGCUCAGGAAAAGGAAAGAGAAGCUUGAUUUGGAGAUGGAAAUAGCUGCAUCUGCAGCUAAAUUGAAUGUGUUGAAAGCCUCCAACACUUCACGUGUUUCCAGUGCUGUGCGUAGUAGAGUGGAUGGAAUGAGCUCGUACCUGGAAAGGGAAAAGGGUAGGGUUCAAGCAUUGAAUGUUGAUGCUGAGAUCUUUGUGCCUGUGGUUGCAGGCCAGGCAUCUCUGUAUACCUCUGUAGGUGGCCAGCUUGGACAACAUUUGGUGGAUGUAAGACCCAAGGUAAGAAAUGUGGAACUGCAACCUCAAGCCACAUUGUCAUACCAGCUGCCAGGACUAGAUUCAAAGAUGAAGAAAAGUGGUACACAGAGCUUUAAUACUGGACCCUAUGUAGAACAAGAUCUCUCUGCACCUGUGAUGAGAAGUAGCACUGAUCAGGGACGCUUAAUAUCAGUCUUGGAGAGGCAAAAUGAGAUAACAUCCUUACUGGUGGAGCAGCAAUCUCUCUCUCUUCUUCCAAGACGUGACAUUCAGUUUUUUGAUGGGGAUCCUUUGCAGUAUCAGGCUUUCAUCAGGGCCUUUGAACAUAGUAUUGAGCAAAAGACCCACAGUGCAAGAGAUUGCUUAUACUUCCUUGAGCAGUACACCAGAGGGCAGCCUAGGGAGAUGGUUAGAAGCUGUCAGCAUAUGCCUCAUGAGAGUGGAUAUGUCAAGGCUAAAUCUUUGCUCCAGGAACAUUUUGGCGAUCCAUUGAAAAUUGCUUCUGCCUACAUGGAGAAAGUUUUCACAUGGCCGGUGGUAAAAUCUGAGGAUGUGAAAGCUUUGCAGGCAUAUAGCUUCUUGUUGCGGGCAUGCUGUAAUGCUAUGGAAGGAGCUGAGUCCACACAUGAGUUGGAUGCUCCUACUAAUAUGCAGACAGUAACAAAGAAAUUGCCUUAUAAGCUCAGGGAUCGUUGGAGAGAUGUCGUCUGUGAUAUACAGGAAAGGUUCCAUCGAAGAGCCAACUUUCGGGACAUUGCUGGGUUUAUUGAAAGGCAAGUGAAAAUUGCAAAUGACCCGAUCUUUGGAGACCUUAGUGAUUUUCCAGCGGCAGUAAGAAAGGAUGUUAGACAUUUUAAAUCCCAACCUUCUUUUAAGCCAAAGGGAAGUAGCUUUGCCACUACUGUUACUAGUGUGGAUGAGAAGGUUGAAGCUGGGACGAAGAGAAGAAUCGAUACACCCGUGGUAAAGGUUUGCCUGUUUUGUGGAGCUGGACACACCCUGGAUCUAUGCCUUCUAUUGGAGAAGAAGAUGCAUAGUGAGAAGAUGUCCUUCUUGAAAGAAAAUGGGUUGUGUUUUGGCUGUUUGUGCAUUGGGCACAGAAGUAAGGAUUGCAGGAAGCGCCUUUCAUGUAAGGUAUGCAAUCUGAAGCAUCCCACCAUGUUGCACAUCCACCGCAAAGAAGGUGAAGAUGGUUCAGUGCAAGUAAGGGGGGGAGCAGGAGCCACGGGUGGAAGUGCUUUGAUUUCAGUGCAGUCUAGUGGGCUUACUGGGGCCGGUGAGCAUGAUUGUACUCUCUCUAUACUGCCAGUGCAAGUUAAGUCAAAGAAAGGGCAAGAAACACUUGUUACCUAUGCCUUUCUGGAUCCUGGGAGCUCAGCGUCAUUCUGCACUGAAGGACUAAUGAACAGGUUGAAUAUUACAGGUAGGAAAACAGACAUUCUCCUUAGAACCAUGGGUCAAGAGAAAGUAGUUGGCAGUAAUAUUGUGGCAGACCUAGAGGUAGCUGGGUUUGGCGCAGACUCUUUCAUUGAGCUACCUGGGAUGUUCACACAAAAAUGUAUGCCUGUCCAUCAAGGUAACAUUCCCAGACAGGAAGAUCUUGUAAGAUGGCCACACCUAGAGCAUUUAAAGAUAGCAGAGAUUGACUCAGGCGUGGACCUACUUAUUGGAACCAACGUUCCCAGGGCCCUUGAGCCAUGGGAGGUUGUUCGCAGCGUGAAUGGUGGUCCGUAUGCGGUUAAAACGAUGUUGGGUUGGACUGUGAAUGGUCCUCUUAGAGGAGAGUGCAUCACUGAUAACUGUGUGGAGUAUGAUGUCACUGUUAACAGGAUUUCUGUUGCAAAGCUUGAUGAGCUCUGGGAGCAGCAGACAAAGACAGACUUCCCUGAAUGUGCUCAGGACGAACAACUCGGGCUGUCUAGGGAAGACCGACACUUCAUGGAGUCCGUUUCAGAGUCAGCUAGGUUGGUUGAUGGCCAUUAUAGCAUUGGCUUGCCUUUGAAGCAAGGUGACCUGAAAAUGCCUAAUAAUAGGAAGGUGGCCGAGCAGCGAGCACUGAGUCUCAAAAGGAGGUUCAAAAAGGACAGUGCUUUGCAUGGUGAUUAUACCAACUUCAUGGACGACAUAAUUUCUAAGGGUUACGCUGAAAGGGUACCAACUGAGGAUAUGGGUCGUUGUGAUGGGAGGGUGUGGUACAUACCACACCAUGGGGUGUACCAUCCUCAGAAGAAGAAGAUGAGGGUUGUUUUCGAUUGUGCUGCUACAUUCCAAGGAACAUCAUUAAAUUCCCAGCUUCUUCAAGGCCCAGACCUUACUAGCUCCCUGGUUGGCGUCAUUGGCAGGUUUCGAAAGGAGCCUGUUGUACUUAUGGCUGACAUAGCAGCUAUGUUUCAUCAGGUCAGAGUAGCAAGCUCAGACUUGGACCUGUUAAGGUUUCUUUGGUGGCCAAAUGGAGACCACAAUCAGGACCUUGUGGAUCAUAGAAUGGUUGCACAUCUCUUUGGAGCCACGUCAUCUCCAAGUUGUGCAAGUUUUGCCUUAAGAAAGUGUGCAGAAGAUAACCGAGGUCAGUUCAGUCCUAAGGUCAUUGACACCAUUCUGCAUAAUUUUUAUGUGGACGAUUGCCUCGUAUCUGUUGGUUCUGAAGAGGAGGCAGUAUUGCUUUAUCAAGAUCUCUGUGCUAUCUGUGCUAAAGGAGGCUUCCAGCUAACCAAAUGGGUUAGCAAUAGGCGCACUGUGCUUGCUGCCGUUCCUCGAGAGGAAAGAUCUAUUGAAGUUAAGGAUCUUGACUUGGACAGUGAUAUCUUGCCCAUGGAAAGAGCCUUGGGGGUGCAAUGGUGUGUCCAGGAAGAUGUCUUUAAGUUUAAGAUCACACUCAGGGACAGGCCUCUGACAAGGAGAGGGAUUUUGUCGGUCAUCAGCUCCAUCUACGACCCUUUGGGAUUCCUGGCACCUGUUGUACUUUCUGCAAAGAGAAUCCUUCAGAGGUUGUGCAGAAGUCAGCUUGGUUGGGAUGAUCCCUUGCCAGUCAUGGUGGCCCAAGAAUGGAUAGCCUGGCUCAAGGAACUCCAUCAGCUUGAGAAUUUCAGGGUUGAAAGGUGCUUGAAACCUCUUGGCUUUGGAGAAGUCUCUUCUGCCCAGCUACACCAUUUCGCGGAUGCUAGCGAGGAUGGGUAUGGAACAGUGACCUACCUGUUACAGCGUAACAUCAAGGGGCAAGUCCACUGUGCAUUUGUGAUGGGAAAGGCCCGCAUAGCUCCAUUGAAAUCCGUCACUAUUCCUCGUCUGGAAUUGACAGCAGCAGUGGUUGCGGGCAGGAUGGAUAAGCUGUGGAGGAAGGAGUUGCAGUUGCCUCUGCAAAAUUCCGUUUUUUGGACUGACAGUACUUCCGUGUUGAAGUACAUCAGGAACGAAACUGUGAGAUUCAAAACCUUUGUUGCAAAUCGGGUGUCAGAAAUACUCACACUGUCCAGUCCAUCGCAAUGGAGGUACGUGAAUACAUUGAGUAAUCCUGCAGAUCUGGCUUCCAGAGGGGCUAAAGUGGGAUCCUUCUUGAAGGCUGACGCUUGGGUGUUAGGGCCCAAGUUUCUUGUCGAGCCUGAAAGUGAUUGGCCUGAAAACCCUGAUGUCUCUGGGAAGCUCUCUCCAGAAGAUCCUGAGGUUAAGACAGUUGUGUCUGUGAAUGCAAUCCAAGCUGAUGAGCAGACGGGCUUGGUUAUGCGUUUCAUAUGUUAUUUCUCCUCUUGGAUUAAGUUGAAGAGGAUGGUUUGUUGGCUCCUUAGGUUUAAGUCAUUGCUUUUGGCUCUUAGUCAAAGGAGGAAGCAGUUGAGAGCAGCUUACGCUCAGUCUGGCUUGAGUGAAAGGCAGCUUGAAGAAAGGCUAAAUGAGAAGAUGCAGAUGGUCAAGGCUCAGGCUGCAAAAGGUAAUCUUUCAGUCGAAGAGUUUCACAAUGCAGAGAUUGCAAUUGUUCGCUUUUGCCAAGAAAAGAGGUUCACAGAAGAGAGAUCCAUUCUGCAGAAGGGGGAAAGUGUGAAAAGAACCAGUAAUCUCUACAAGCUUGAUCCCAUACUUGAAGGAGGCAUUCUGAGAGUUGGGGGUAGGCUUAGUAGAGCAGCUAUGCCGGAUGAGGCCAAACAUCCUGCUAUAUUGGCCAAGGACCUUCACAUUUCCGAUCUUGUUCUCCGUCAUAUACAUCAAGCCACAGGGCAUGGUGGACGUAACCAUAUGCUGUCAAAGCUGCGCCAAAGAUACUGGAUCCCAGGUGCCAGUACUGCUAUAAGGAAGACUCUGUCAAAGUGUGUUGUUUGCCGUAGGUUGCAUGCUGCACCGGGACGUCAACGAAUGGCAGAUCUUCCCCACGACAGAGUGUCUCCUGAUGAGCCUCCAUUCACUCGAGCUGGAGUAGAUUACUUCGGACCUUUUGAGGUCAGAAGAGGAAGGAUCACAGUAAAGAGGCGCUUCGUGGCAAGGAGAGGACAGGUGUUGGAGCUGCGUUCUGACAACGGCACAAACUUUGUUGGAGCCGAGCGAGAGCUCAGGGAGGCAAUAGGAAAAUGGAAUCAUGCCCAGAUCAAUGACGUGCUUCUACAGAAGGGAAUCAAGUGGGUCUUUAAUCCCCCUCUUGGGUCCCAUCACGGCGGAGUGUGGGAACGGUUGAUAAGGUCUGUAAGGAAGGUGUUGAACUCUACUUUGAGAGCGCAAAAUCUUGAUGAGGAAGGUCUCCAUACAAUCCUUUGUGAAGCUGAGGCUAUUAUUAAUAGCCGCCCAAUAACCAAGGCCUCCACCGAUCCCAAUGACUUAGAAGCGUUGACCCCUAACCACGUUCUCCUUCUUAAGUCUAAACCAUCAUUGCCGCCAGGAGUGUUCCAGAGGGCGGAUGUGUAUGCCCGUCGUCGUUGGAGACAAGUGCAGUACAUAGCUGAUUUGUUCUGGAAGCGGUGGGUCAAGGAGUACUUGCCUCAACUUCAGGAGCGACAGAAGUGGCAGAGCACCAGACGGAACUUCGUCCCUGGAGAUCUUGUUGUCAUUGUGGAUGAGUCUGCGCCUCGUAACUCGUGGCUCACUGGAAGAGUGGUGCAAGCUGUUCCUGAUAAGAGAGGACUGGUGAGACAGAUUCGUGUUAAGACGAAGACCAGCUGCCUGGACAGGCCCAUCACUAAGGUGUGCCUUCUUCAAGAAGCAGAGGAGCCAUGAAGAUCUGAAUUGACUCUUGAGCUUUUUGCAGACAUGGACUUUAUUGUUUUUUUUUUUUUUUGACUUGGACAUUCGCAAAUGGACAUGGUAAUGAACUUCAGCUAAAACUUCCAGCUAGAGUCUUUGGGGGUUUUUUGGACUCGAUGGAUUUGUAUUUGAAUGUAAUGUUGUUAACUGAUUGAUUUUGUUGCAGUUUCUGUCUCCUACAGGUUAGUUGUUGUGUAAUUAGUGUUUUAGCAUAAUUAGGGGCCGGAAUGUAGGAGCCAUAUGUGUGUGUUUUAUAUGUGACGUGUUGGUAAGUGCUGUAUAUUGAUGUGAGGGGGGUGUGUGCACUCUGCUGGCACUUGAGUGGUGGGUACGUCACUGUGGGUGUGGGCGCGGUGGUUACAAGUAAUUCCACGCACCUGUAGUCUGUUGGUUUGUUAACGAGGAAGGGUGAGUCGGGAGUGACACUUUCUGUUGACCGCUACGCUUAACACCACAUUAGUUUUGCCGUUUCUGUACUUUGUCUUGUAUUAUAUGAAGCAUCUGUUCAAGUUGCGCAUCGUUAGAAAUAAAGAGCAUUAACGAGCAUUAGAAGUGGAUGUGUGUUUCUGUGAGUGCGCGUCACAGGUAAACUCCCGUGCUUAGCCUUCCGCGGCGUGUCGGUUUUGGUUUGGAUAAAUCGUCAGUCAGCC